AUGGACAGUCAAACAUUUCCAAAGGAGCCCAUAGCUAUCAUUGGCACCUCUUGUCGAUUCCCAGGCGACGCCAACACCCCUUCCAAACUCUGGGAUCUCCUUUGCGAGAGAAGAGACGUCCAGUCACCCAUUCCUAAACAACGCUUCAAUGCUGAUGCAUUCUACAACAGAAACGGAGAUAAGAAUGGCUGCACCGACGUUAAGAAAGCGUAUCUGCUGUUAGAGGACAUUCGGGCAUUCGAUGCCGCCUUCUUCGGGAUCAACCCCCGUGAGGCUGAGGCCAUGGAUCCGCAGCAAAGACUCCUUCUAGAGGCUGUUUACGAGGCCACAGAGGCAGCUGGUCUGCCAAUGGAAGACCUCAAAGGCUCUGACACAGCCGUCUACGUUGGUAGUAUGACGGCUGAUUACCAUGAACUGCUCAUGCGUGACCCCCAGGAUAUGCCCAAGUACAUGGCCACUGGCACAGCACGCAGCAUUUUGUCCAACCGUAUCUCGUACCUAUUCGACUGGAAGGGUCCUUCCAUGACCAUCGACACAGCAUGCUCUUCCAGUCUUGUUGCCGUGUAUGAUGCUGUCAUGGCCCUCCGCAACGGCGUAUCGCGUAUCGCUUGUGCUGGAGGGGUCAACCUCAUUCUUGGUCCAGAGAUGAUGAUAUCGGAAUCCAAGCUGCACAUGCUUUCCCCGACGGGGCGAAGCAGAAUGUGGGAUGCCUCUGCCAAUGGGUAUGCCCGAGGCGAAGGCGUGGCAGCUAUCAUGAUGAAAACUUUAUCUCAGGCACUGAAGGAUGGAGACCAUAUUGAAGGCAUCAUUCGGGAGAUUGGUGUUAAUUCAGACGGACGCACAAAUGGCAUCACACUUCCAAGCCCUGAUGCACAGAAAGCACUCAUCCGACAGACAUACAGAAAUGCCGGUCUAGAUAUUUUCAAAGACCGCUGUCAAUUCUUUGAAGCCCACGGCACAGGCACACCAGCUGGUGACCCUCUUGAAGCCCGUGCCAUUCACGAAGCCUUCUUCAGCGAAGGCGAGAUCAUCACUGAGCCCAUGUAUGUGGGUUCGGUCAAGACAGCCAUUGGUCAUCUCGAAGGAUGCGCCGGUCUUGCAGGUUUGAUCAAGGCCCUCGAGGCUGUCAAAAGAGGUAUCAUCCCACCGAACCAGCUUUUCGAGAAUCUGAAUCCUGCCGUCAAGCCUUAUGCUUCCAACUUGAAGAUUCCCGUCGAGGCCAAGCCCUGGCCCAAACUGGCUCCUGGGAUGUUUCGACGCGCGAGUGUCAACUCCUUUGGAUUCGGUGGCACCAACGCUCAUGCUAUCAUUGAGCAAUUCGACAAUAUCCAGAACACAAGUCCCAAAGCCGAGAUCAUUUCUAAUCCCCUUGUUAUCUCUGCUAAUUCCGAUCUUUCACUACGCGCGCAGAUCGGACGUCUAGCCACGGCGCUAGACGAAGCAGAUGAGAGCCAAGUGCACAGGAUCAUCUUCACUUUGGCACACAGACGAUGUCAGCUCCCCAUCAGAGCCUUUUUCUCAGGGCAUGACCUCCCGAGCCUUCAGCAGAAACUGAAAAAUGCUACUGCUGAUGAUGCUGUAUUGCCUUUCGCCAGCCAGGAUGUACCAGUUGGCCAGAAACCUCGCAUUCUGGGCGUGUUCACUGGUCAGGGUGCCCAGUGGCCUACUAUGGGACGAGAGAUUCUCAACUCGUCUCCUUUUGCUCGAAGCUUGAUGGAGUCCCUGGAGGAAUCACUAGCUAGUCUGCCAGAGCCGCCAUCAUGGACUCUUACGGAACAGAUCAUGGCUGAUAAAGAGACGUCUCGUCUGGGCGAAGCUGCUGUCUCACAACCACUCUGUACAGCAGUGCAACUGGUGGUCGUUGAGUUACUACGGAAGGCCGGUAUCAAGUUCUCUUGUGUAAUUGGCCACUCCUCCGGCGAAAUCACUGCUGCUUAUGCCGCCGGCUUUCUUUCUGCCAGUGAUGCUAUCCGGGUGGCAUACCUCCGUGGUGUCUGUGCCAAGCUUGCUGGCGGAGAGGACGGAGCUAACGGAGCCAUGAUGGCUGUUGGUCUAUCAUUCGAAGAAGCUUCUGUCUUCUGCGAGGAGAAAUUUCCUGGUCUCAUUGAUGUGGCUGCCAGUAACGCCCCUACUAGCACAACACUUUCUGGAGACAAGGCAAGUGUUGAUGAGGCUAAGGUGCUCUUGGAUGAACAGGGUACAUUCGCCCGUGUUCUCAAGGUUGACACGGCCUAUCACUCGCAUCACAUGCACCCUUGCGCUCAGCCAUAUCUUGAUAUGCUGCAAGCUGCCAAUAUUAAGAACCUCCCUGGAGAUGACUCUUGCGAAUGGUACUCCAGUGUUUUGGGCGAGCGCAUCAGUGCGUCACUCCACAGCGAUGUGCUAUCUGGCGAAUACUGGGUUGAGAAUAUGAUCAACCCUGUGCUAUUUUCUGUGGCUUCUGAACUCGUUGCCGGUUCUAACUCACCAUGCCACAUUGCUCUCGAAGUUGGUCCUCAUCCUGCCCUCAAGGGCCCUUUCAAUCAGACCUACAAGUGUGCCACCGGGUCUCAGCUCCCAUAUCAAGGCACAUUAUCUCGAAAUGUGCAUGACGUGGAGGCUUUGAGCGACUCUCUCGGCUUCCUCUGGUCUCGCCUCGGUAAAUCCUCAGUCGACUUCAUCACAUACACCCAAGCAUUUUCCGCAUCGCCAGACACAGCUAUGGCAGUUGGCCUCCCUUCGUAUGCAUGGGACCACACACAAUCCUUUUGGAGAGAGUCUAGAAAGUCACGCAAUUUCCGCCAGCGAGUUCAUCCUCCUCACCCGCUAUUGGGCACGCGCUCGGUUGAGGAUCCGGCUGAUAGUAUGCGAUGGCUUAACUACCUCCGGCUUGAAGAUGUGCCUUGGCUUGAAGGUCACAAAGUCGAAGGAAACGUAGUCUUCCCUGCCGCUGGAUAUCUAGUUAUGGCCAUGGAGGCUGCGCGAGCUAUCGAUCGGACAAAGGAGAUCCAGCUCAUUGAGCUGUCCGAUGUGCAUAUAUUGAGUGCCAUCCAGUUGAGCCACGACUCCCAAGCUACUGAGACCGUAUUCAGCCUCGAGGUUGAGCAGAACCAGCCUGGGUUUGCCACCGGACGUUGGACUUUGUCGACUCCACUGAGUGGACGAGAUGACAAUUGGAGGUGCAACGCAAAAGGUCAAGUCCGUGUUGGAUAUGGCUCUGCUGAUGCUUUACUUUUGCCUUCACGCAACAAACCCAUCGCUUCUCUCACAUCUGUUGAUGUAGAAAGGUUCUACACCUCUCUCGCCAAUAUCGGCCUCGAGUAUACCGGAGAGUUCAAGCAUCUCGAUAACAUCGAGCGGCAGCUGGGCCUGGCAACUGCAUCUGCACGCCACAUCACCCCCGAUCUCAGUGCCAUGAUUCAUCCUGCAGUGCUGGACUCCGCUUUCCAGUCCAUUUUUGCAGCAUACUGCUGGCCUGGCGAUGGAAGCCUUCAAGCUCCAUUUGUCCCUACAUUCUUCCAAAGUCUUCGCAUCGUCAAUACGAGCCAUCUACAAAACGGCGAAAACUUGACCAUUGACUCUUUCUUGACGAAUACGAGUGAGCGUGAACUCACGGCGGACAUGGACAUCUUCCAGUCUGACGGUACGCCUGUCUUGCAGCUUGAGGGCUUGACCUGUACGUCACUUCAGCGACCUGGACCUAGCACUGCCAAGGAGCUCUACGCCAAGACAGAGUGGGAGGUUGACAUUGCGAGUGCCAUUGCGAGCCCAGAAACUCAAGAUGCAGACAACGCGUCUGAUCUAGAGCUUGUCGAUCUGUGCGAAAGUCUUUCGUAUUUCUAUUUGCGGCAGCUCAACGAAAUGGUUAGCAGAGACGAAGUCUCUAGAUUUGACUGGCAUUACCAGCGUGUCUUUGAGUGGAUCGACCAUCUCUUCCCCCUAAUCCAGUCAGGUCAUCAUCCAACCAUCAAGAAGGAAUGGUCAUCCGAUUCCAAGGAAUGGCUUAUACAACAGGCCUCUAAGUUCCCUGGGAGCAUUGAUCUGCAGCUUAUCCAAGCUGUUGGAGAGAACCUUCCUGCUGUCGUGCGCAAGCAAACCACUAUGCUUGAGCACAUGGUUAAGGAUGACAUGCUGAACCGCAUCUACAAGUUUGGCCUUGGCUUCGAAAGGGCCAAUGAGUACCUUGGGCAGAUCUCCAAACAGACCUCUCACAGAUACCCACGUAUGAACAUUCUGGAGAUCGGCGCAGGCACAGGAGGCGCCUCGAAGCAGAUUCUCGAAUCCCUUGGUACCACUUUUGAGAGCUACACCUUUACGGAUAUUUCAACCGGCUUCUUUGAGGCAGCUGCCGAAGCAUUCGAACCGUGGGCUGCCAAGAUGAUCUUCAAGCCUCUCAACAUUGAGAACGAUCCAGCCGAGCAGGGUUUUCCCGAGGGGCACUACGAUUUCAUCAUCGCGUCUAAUGUCCUUCAUGCCACCAAGUCUCUGGCUGUGACUAUGCAGAACACCCGCAAGCUUCUAAAGCCAGGCGGUCAGCUACUUCUCCUUGAAGUUACAAGUGACAUUCUACGGGUCAAGCUCAUGAUGUCUGGGCUGUCCGGCUGGUGGCUUGGUGGUGAUGAUGGACGUCGCUAUGGACCGACCAUCCCUGUCUCUCAGUGGGACACACUCUUGAGACAGACUGGAUUCUCAGGAGUUGAUAAGACAGUCAAUGACUUUAUUGAUAAGACCAAGUAUAUGACAUCGGUCAUGCUGUCCCAGGCUGUUGACGACGAGAUACAGCUCUUGAGGAACCCUUUGUCCGUGUCUGCCGACUGGCUUGAUUCCCAAUCCAUCACCAUCGUCGGUGGCAAAUAUAAGGCCAUCGCCCAAGAUUUGAAAAAUCUCAUAAGCCAAAUCUACGAUGCGACCGAACUCACUAUCCACUACUUCGACAACUUCGAGGAACUGGCUUUAUCUGAUCCCAGCUUCCACGUCAGAUCUGCAUUGGUCUUGGAGGACAUGGACGAGCCCAUUUUGAAGGAUUUGACCGAUGACAAGCUUCGAGGCGUCCAAAGACUUGUCAAUGAGGCUCGGCAGGUUCUCUGGGUGUCUAAAGGGUGCCAGAGGGACGAGCCUUUUGCCAACAUGUCUAUUGGAAUGUGUCGUAGUUUGGUAAACGAGUAUCCUCACAUCUGUUUUCAGCACGUCGACAUCGAAGGCGGGGUCACCUCUGCCACAGCGUGUCUCCUUGCCCAGGCACUGAUUCAACUUAUUUACAGAGCAUCUCUCAAACCUGAUGAUGUGGUUUGGUCUAUCGAACCCGAGAUGGUCCUCAGGGAUAACAAGUGGUUCAUUCCUCGAAUCAAGUCUGACCAGGCACUCAACGACCAGCUCAAUGCCAGUAAAAUGAAGAUCCAGACGCAAAAGGUACUCGAGAGGGAUUCCAUUGAGAUUCAACAGCGAAGUAAUCAGUUUGUCAUUGUUGAGCCUGUUCCUUCUCUUCCUCCGUCCGGUUCUUCGCCUCUUGUUGACGUUAUUGUCACGCACUCCCUUCUUUACCCUUUCAGUAUGGGUAACAAGUCUUCUGGGUAUCUUUGCUAUGGCUACACAAACUCCGAGCCUAGAACUAGAGUUCUCGCAAUAUCCGCGACGAAUAGAUCAAAUAUCUCAGUGCCUUCGUUCUUUGUCUGGGAUAUGUCUUCAAACAAUGACGAGGCUGCUAGUCUCUUGCGAAAGACUGCAUUCACAAUCACUGUCGAGAGGGUUCUAAGCGACGUUGAUAGUGGCACUACCGUACUUGUCCAUGAAGCGGACGAGUUCAUGGGUGCUGCUCUUCAGUGGAAGGCUGCUGAGCUCGGUCUCACAGUCGUCCUCACGACAUCUGACCGCGAAAAGGCCAAGUCUGACGGAGUGGUCUUCGUUCAUGCUUUGGCACCUGAACGCUUUGUUAGGAAGGUCGUGCCUCAAAGUACCAGCGUUAUUAUUGAUCUUUCUGUCAAUGACUAUAGCACUAUCGACUCCCCUCUACACCGCUACCUGCCAAGCCGUUGCAAGUUCUACCAGCUGCAAGACAUACUUAGUAGCACCUCACAGGGCGUCCAAGACCCUAUUAUUCACGGUAUCCGGGAUGCUAGUCGCUCUUCCCUUAAGAUUGCAGAAGAAGGUCCAUUGUUGAAGCCUUCUGAACUAGCGAACAAGACAAUUUCAGUCAGAGAUUACGCUACUGUGGUCGACUUCACAUCCGAUACCACCGUCUCUGCUAUUGUUCAACCCCUUCGAGGCGACCAACUCUUCCGUUCAGACAAAACUUAUCUGUUGAUCGGCUGCACUGGAGGUCUUGGAAAAGCUCUGUGUAGAUGGAUGGUCUCCUCUGGCGUUCGUCAUCUUGCCUUGACUACUCGCAACGUCACCGCAGUUGACAAGGUUUGGCUGGAAGAACUACGACUCCAAGGUGCUGAGGUCAACCUUUACCAGGCAGAUGUUAGUGAUAAGGACGCAUUACAAAAGGCUUAUCAUCAGAUUUUCCAAGAGAUGCCCCCCAUCUGUGGUGCUGCCAACGCUGCUCUACUCCUGUCAGACCGAGCCUUCAGCGGGCUCAAGGUCGACGACUUUCUCAAGGUCUUCGGUCCAAAGGUCAAGGGUACCCAGAACCUCCACGAGCUACUUAUUGACCAAAAGCUUGACUUCUUCAUCAUGUUUUCUUCCUUGGCCAGUGUCGUUGGUAACCGUGGUCAAGCAAACUAUGCUGCUGCAAACUUGUUCAUGAGCGCCAUUGCCGAGCAGCGGCGCGCCAAGGGCCUCGCUGCUUCCGUCAUGCAUAUUGGUAUGGUUCUUGGUGUUGGCUACGUCUCUUCAACUGGUGCAUACGAAGCUACUCUCCGGAGCUUGAACUACAUGGCUAUCUCGGAGACCGAUCUGCUCAACAUGUUCUCCCAGGCCAUUCUAGUUGGGCAGCCUAAUUCUACGCAUGCGCCUGAGCUCAUUACUGGGCUCAAUAGGUAUAGUCUGGAACCAGAUGUUCACAAGUACUUUUGGCAUGAUGAUAUGCGUUUUUCCCAUUACACCGUCGAGGAAGAACAUCAAGAACGCUCGUCAACAACAAAGAUAUCCAUUCCUCAGCGACUUGCGGAGACCAAGGAUCCGUCUGAUGUCUUGGCCAUCAUCGUGGAGGAGUUUUGUACUAAGCUCGAGCGUCUUCUCCAAGCUGAAAGUGGCUCAAUCAAGGUAUCACAGUCGCUACUUGGUUUAGGGGUGGACUCUCUCGUUUCUGCUGAGAUACGAUCGUGGUUCCUCAAGGAAGUCGGCGUCGAUAUUCCUGUUUUGGAGAUCCUCAACACUGCUUCUAUCACAGAGCUCUGCUCUACGGUAAUAUCCAACCUGCCCGCUGUUUCAGGGCAGGAGACUCAAUCAAAGACUGAAGUCACCAAGGAGGCAAUCAAGUCGCUUGAUGCCGUCGCGGCAUCAACGGCGGUAUCAUCGGCCCUCCCAACCGAGAAUGAACCCUUCACACUUCGAAACACCCCCAACUCUACGCAGGUCACUAGUGAAGCCGAUAUGGGGGAAGCCACAUCUGUUCGUGCCGAUGUCGAAAGUAGUGGCCCUUUGUCCUUUGCCCAAGAGCGUCUUUGGUUCCUCCAGCAAUUCCUCCAGAACCCUUGCACCUACAACGUCACUAUGCAUUAUCGCAUCAGCGGUCCUCUUCGACUCAAGGACCUCGAAAGAGCUUUCCAGCAAGUCAUCCAGAGACAUGAGUCCCUCCGUACAUCAUUUUACAUCGACACUGAGACCGACCUACCGAGACAAGGAGUUUACAGACAAUCCAGCUUCCAGCUAGUGCAGAAGAACAUUUCAACGGCCAAGACUGAGUACGAGAUUAUGAAAAAUAUCAAGUACGAUUUAGAGAAGGGAGAUGUCCUUAGAGCUGUCGUCGUUGCCAACGCUGAUGACGAGCAUGACAUCGUUUUCGGCUUCCACCAUAUUGCUCUUGAUGGCUACAGCGCCCAAAUCAUGGUUCGUGACCUGGCCAAGGCCUAUGCCGGACAAGCCCUCCCAUCGAAAGGACAAGACUAUCUCGACUUUGCCACUGCUCAAAAGGCGGCCAGUUUCCCUAGCGACACCAUCAAAUACUGGAAGUCAGAGUUUGAGAACCUGCCACCAACUCUGCCUCUGCUCGACUUUGCCGAGUCGAAGAUGCGCGUUCCAUUGACAGAUUACACCACAAGAGGGUAUGAGAGAGCUCUCUCCGCCGAACAGGGAGCAAGCAUCAAGGCAGCAGCUCGAAGUCUGGGCGUAACUCCAUUCCACAUCUAUCUUGCUGCGCUCCAAGCUGUUCUUUACGACCUGACCUCGAGCAAGGAUGUGUGCAUUGGUAUUACUGAUGCUAACAAGAAUGAUGCUGCUCACAUGGAUACUGUUGGCUUCUUUGUCAACGUUCUACCCCUGCGGCUUCAUUCGUCUGCGUCACAAACUCUAGCUGAUUUAGCUUCCAAUGCUAAAGCGAAGGCUGAUGACGCCCUAGCACACUCUCAAAUCCCCUUUGAUGUUCUCCUCGAUCAGCUCAAGCUUCCCCGGUCCACCACCCACAGCCCCUUGUUUCAGGUGGUCCUCAACUACAAGAUGGGGUCUACCCAGAAAGUACCCCUUGGCGAUUGUCAGGCUCAGCUUGUAGCCUUUAAGGACGCGGACAACCCUUACGAUCUUACCUUUGACAUUGAAGUAUACAAUGAUGGAUCUACAUCCGUCAGUAUCAAAACACAGCAAUACCUGUACACUCACAGCGAGCUGGACUUUGUCAUGGACACCUACGUCAAUGUCUUAGGUCUCUUUUCCGAACAGCCUGCCCAGACCCUCGGACAGCUAUGUAAGCCAACCACAGGACAGAUCCAAAAGGCUUUGAGUCUGGGCAGAGGUGAACAGAUUCCAUCUCCACGGCUCGAGACGAUGUCACAUUACUUCGAGGAUUGGGUCAACAAGCAACCUGAGGCCACUGCCCUUCGUACCGAUGACGGCAAGGUCCUAAGCUACCUUCAGCUGAAUGCCCUGGUCAACCAGAUUGCUGUCAGAUUGGUGGAUAUGGGUGUCGAGCAAGGCUCAAGAGUUUGUGUCUAUUGCGAGCCUAGCCUGCAUAACUUUGCUAUACUUAUUGCUAUCGCUAAAUCAGGUGGCGUCUACGUACCGCUCGACGCCCAAAACCCAAUCAAGCGUCUGCAGCUGAUUGUCGACGAUUGUCAGCCGGAGGUGCUUCUCAUCGAUGACUCGACUAAGGGCAAGGCUCCUGAGUUGAACACAACUGCCAAAUUCGUCAACGUCUACGGCAUGAAACCUGGUCUACUGGAUGUUCCUCACUUUGAAAACCGUGCUCGAGGUACGGGAAUGGGCUAUAUCUACUAUACUAGCGGAACAACAGGUGUCCCCAAAGGUGUCGCACUGACCCACGCCAACCUAGUCCAUCACAUAGAUGGCCUGGUCCAGUUCUACAACCUUAGAAGAGGUCGGAUGCUCCAGCAAGCUCCCCUUGGUUUUGACAUGUCACUUACGCAGAUGUCUAUAACCGCAGUCUUAGGAGGAACUCUGAUCGUUGCAUCGAGUGAAACCCGAAAGGACCCUAUCCAGAUCGCACAGUUGAUGCUUGCUGAAAAGGUUACACACACCUUCAUGACACCAACGCUUGCAUUGGCUGUCAUUCACCAUGGCUACGACUACCUGAGCAAAUGUGUCGACUGGGAAUUUGCUCUUCUCUCCGGAGAGGCCUUUCGUGCCCAUGUUCCGCCCGAGUUUAAGAGACUUGGUCUCAAGAACCUCCAACUGUACAAUGGUUACGGACCUACUGAAAUCACCAUCAACAGCAGUAGUGGCUUGGACGAACUUGGCGAGACUGCUCCCCACGACACACGUAAUCCGAGCAUUGGCUUUACCCUUCCCAACUACUCCACCUACAUUUUAGAUGAAGAUAUGCAGCUUGUUCGUCCUGGAAUGGCUGGCGAAUUGGUUGUUGGGGGCUCGGGGAUUGCCAUUGGCUACCUCAACAGGGAAGACCUUACAAAGGCCCGAUUCAUUCCUGAUCCUUUUGCCUCUCCUGAUUCUAUUGCUCGUGAAUGGACUCGCAUGUACCGUACAGGAGACAAAGCUAGAUUCCUGCCCGACGGGCGAAUAGUGUUCCUUGGACGCAUCGCAGGCGAUUCGCAGAUCAAGCUUCGAGGUUUCCGUAUUGAACUCGAAGAUGUCGCAAACACCAUCGUUAAGGCCGCUGAUGGAGUCAUCUCUGAAGCGGCUGUAUCGCUCCGAGAAGGCGUCAGUGGUGACGGGGACAGUGCAUACUUGGUUGCAUUCGCUGUUAUUUCCCAGACUAACCGUAUUUCCGACAUCAAGGCCUAUCUCAAGCAGCUUCUCAAAGACUUGUCCCUUCCAAGGUACAUGAUCCCUGCCAGGAUUGUUCCAAUGGGCCGACUUCCAAUGAACGCUUCUGGCAAGCUGGACCAAUACGCGCUUGAUGCACUGUCUGUCCCUCUCGAAGCUGAUACCGUCCAUGAGAUUCUCACCGAAACUCAAGAUAGACUUAAGCUGGAAUGGCUGAAAGUUUUACCGCCUGUGGGAGCCGAUGCAACAAUUGGCCCCGACACGGACUUCUUCUCAGCAGGUGGCAACUCCCUUCGUAUUGUCACUCUGAGAGAGCACAUUGGGCGCGAGUUUGGGGUAACUAUUUCCGUCUUUGACCUCUUCCAAGCGAGCACUCUCGGAGAUAUGGUGGUCAAGAUCGAAGGCUGUGCCGUACAAGAGGCUACAAAGCCAAUUAAUUGGGAGGAAGAGACAUGUAUCGACUCGGAUUUCGAAUCUCCCAUAACUGAGGCAGUGCUCGCUUCUCAAAUAACCGAAGGCCUACAAGUCGCCCUGACCGGCUCAACUGGAUUCUUAGGUCUCUCUAUCCUCAAGUCGCUGCUGGAAGAUGAGCGCAUAUCUAAGGUUCAUUGUCUUGCCAUACGGUCUUCUUCCAAGAAACGAGAUACCGUCUUCUCCUCCCCUCGCGUUGCAUGCUACCAAGGAGAUCUGUCUAUGCCCUGUCUGGGAUUGACAGAGGACCAAUUCGAUCUACUCGCUAGGACAGCUGACAGGAUCAUCCACAAUGGCGCUGAUGUGUCCUUUCUCAAGACUUAUCAGUCCUUGAGACGAUCCAACGUGGGAUCGGUCAAGGAACUUUCCCGCAUGGCAAUGAGACGAAAGAUCCCUCUACACUUUGUGUCAACUGGAGGUGUUGUUAAUCUCACUGGUCAGGAUGGCCUUCCAGAGGUUUCCGUCGCAGACGCGAAGCCCCCAACGGAUGGCUCUCAAGGCUAUGUUGUUUCGAAAUGGGCUUCCGAGCAUAUCUUAGAAGAAUAUGCAGAGAGACAUAGCCUUCCCAUUUGGAUCCAUCGACCAGCCAACAUCACUGGUGCGAAUGUUUCGCCGACAGAUCUGAUGCAGAACAUCUUCCAUUACUCACUCAAGACUGCUUCCCUUCCAAAUUUGUCUUCUUGGACGGGUUUCUUCGAUUUCGUACCUGUUGAGACAGUAGCUAGAGAUAUCGCCAGGUCUAUUCACGACGCUGGCACCGACAAGGUCGUUUUCAGACAUCACUGCGGCACACACAAGAUUUCUGUUGAUGAUCUUCCAGCACACUUGGAGACCCAACUUGGCAGGAAGAUCGAGAUGGUUAAUUUGGAGGAGUGGCUGGAUCGCGCAAAGAACAUUGGCCUUGAUGGAGUGACGGCGGCUCUGGUUGAGAAGACACUGAAACAAGGCGGGGGGGUCAUCCCAUGGCUUCGGAAAGGGAAAGAGUAA